GGAUUUUUAUCCCCCUCCCCCUUAUUUUUUUUAUUUUUUUUUUUUUUUCAUAAUGAGCCCGUUUUAACAUGGAAAUGUUCCCCUCUAUAAGAGGCCCUCUGCUCGCUUAGCGAUGCCGGCGGCUGUUUUCACGCGGAGCAUCUGCCCGCCUUCCCCCCUGAGCACAAAGGAGGCCCGUUCCCACCCGUUCCCACCCGUUCCCACCCGUUCCCACGCUUCCCGCGGGUUCCCGACAAGGCGGGGGGGGGGGGGGGGGAGAUCCCGCUGCAGAGCCGGCACCGCGCCGCCCCUCGCCCUGGGUGGGCUGCGCUGGGUGGGAUGUAGCUGCUGCCCUCUGGGCGAAGGAGAACCGAUGGAUCUCGCCGGUCUUUUAUCCGACAAGGCUGCCUGCUCAGCAGUUCGUGGGCCAGCGGGCGCCGGAGCCCUUGUGCCUGCCUUGAUUUAAACCCCCCCAGCGACCAGAAGCCAGCCCCGCAGCGAGGCAGAGCCGGCGGCGGUUCAUCAUGAAGGAGCAGCUUUAUGUCCCUGCAAGCGCCUGACUGGAUGGAUGCUUUUGUCUAAAGCAGCCGCAAAUAUUGCGACCGGGGGCUUGGGGUGAAGAGGGGGGGGGGGGUUGGGGGGGGGUGGGUUGGUGGAGAGCGGAGAGCGAGCUGAGACCUGCUCUCGCCAUCGCUUCGGCAAGUGCCUUUUGGCUUCUCUCCUCUUGGCAUCGCCCGGCUCCCCCGGAGACACCCCCCCCUCCUCCAGUCCCCACCGUUGCUUCGGCUACUUCUGUGAGUUCAAGGUCGGCGGGUUCCCUCGGCGGCGUUUGGGACAGGGCCCCCCGCACCGCUGGGCAGCCCGCAGCCCAUCUCGGGGCGCCCGGAGAGGCCGGGGAGGGGGGGGGGGGGGUCCGGCCGCGACCUGGACGGUCACUGAAGGGGCACCGAGGGCGCGAUGCAAGUGUCCAUCGCCUGCACAGAGCACAACUUGAAGAGUCGAAAUGGUGAAGACAGGCUCAUCAGCAAGCAGAACACCACUACCCCGAACGUAGUGAAUGCAGCCCGGGCAAAAUUCCGGACAGUGGCUAUUAUCGCUCGCAGUCUGGGGACAUUCACCCCUCAGCACCACAUUUCAUUAAAAGAAUCCACCGCAAAGCAAACGGGCAUGAAAUAUAGAAACCUUGGAAAAUCCGGACUGAGAGUCUCAUGCCUCGGGCUGGGGACAUGGGUCACUUUUGGAGGCCAAAUCUCAGACGAGGUGGCCGAGCAGCUGAUGACCAUCGCCUACGAGAGCGGCGUCAACCUCUUCGACACGGCCGAGGUGUACGCGGCCGGCAAGGCCGAGGUGAUCCUGGGGAACAUCCUGAAGAAGAAGGGCUGGAGGAGGUCCAGCCUGGUCAUAACCACAAAACUCUACUGGGGUGGAAAAGCUGAGACGGAAAGAGGCCUCUCGAGAAAACACAUCAUCGAAGGGCUAAAGGCUUCUCUCCAGAGGCUGCAGCUGGAGUACGUGGACGUCGUCUUCGCCAACCGGCCAGACAAUAAUACCCCCAUGGAAGAAAUUGUCCGAGCGAUGACACAUGUAAUAAAUCAAGGCAUGGCGAUGUACUGGGGAACGUCACGCUGGAGCGCAAUGGAGAUCAUGGAAGCGUACUCUGUAGCCAGGCAGUUUAACAUGAUACCGCCCGUGUGCGAACAAGCUGAAUAUCAUCUUUUCCAAAGAGAGAAAGUGGAGGUUCAGCUGCCGGAAUUAUAUCACAAAAUCGGGGUCGGAGCGAUGACAUGGUCUCCACUAGCCUGUGGGAUCAUCUCAGGGAAAUAUGGCAACGGCGUCCCUGAAAGCUCAAGGGCUGCACUGAAGUGCUACCAGUGGCUGAAGGAGAAAAUCGUGAGCGAGGAGGGCAGGAAGCAGCAGGUGAAGCUGAAGGACCUGUCGCCCAUCGCCGAGCGCCUGGGGUGCACGCUGCCGCAGCUCGCCGUCGCAUGGUGCCUGAGAAACGAGGGGGUGAGCUCCGUCCUUCUAGGAUCCUCCAACCCCGAGCAGCUGAUAGAGAACCUCGGAGCCAUACAGGUCCUUCCAAAGAUGACAUCUCAUAUUGUAAACGAAAUAGAUAAUAUCCUGGGAAAUAAGCCCUACAGCAAGAAGGACUACAGAUCAUAAUGCAAUGCAUGAAUUCCCUGGACUGCAUGGUUUAAAAAGUGCUCUGUACAGAAGUACAGCCCCGAAUUAAUAUCCGGUCAUCAGAAUCAUUCAGCAGCUUGCUGCUCGGUGUCUACUGUCACUGGAUCCUUCGAGAUGUGUGCUGUUGCUACUAAUCUGCAGUGAAAUUUAAAAGCACAGUUGAUCUCUCUUCUAACCAAGAAUAAUCUUGUAUUUUCUUACCUUCGACUGAAUUCAUUAAUUUUUACUUUACUCUUAGCACCUCAUGCUUGUGCUGUGAAAAACACUUGUAAAGCAAAAAAUAAUUUAUAACCUUCAGGUACUUGGUAAUUAAAGAAGGAUGUACAGAUCUAUUUUUUCAAUGCAGAAAAGCCAGAUACAGCUUAAGGUUUUAAUAAAACCACAUUUGAGAAAUCUCAACUAUGAAGUUUCUUCAGGUUAACAGAUAGAAGGGGCAAGCUCAAAUUUUCUCUUUUCUUUUUUAUGCUGACGAUAUGCUUUAGAUUCCGUUUGUAGUUGAAUAAAGGAUGUAAGACAGAGAAUUAGUUAGAAAUUAAGAUAGCUCAACUCCUAACUAUACAAUUAUUUCAGCUGUGGAGUGCUCCCGGGAAGUAUUUCUGAGUACAAGCCGGAAGAGCACAGUUAGAAAACCCGAACAUGCAUGUCAGGAUAAUAGAAACAGCAGCUGUUUGCAAAAUUCUAAUUCUACAUAAACCUUAAAUCAAGAAAUCCAUAAUAAAAUAUUGGGUUUUGCAUCUAUAGAAACCUGCCUCUACUUCUGCCUGCUUGUAGACAGAGCUAUUGCAAAUUUCAAUAUUCAUGAGCUUUUAAGGAUAUAGAUACUUAUAAAUAUAUAUAGUAUAUAGCUACUGAAAAAUAGCAGAAAAAAUCAGGUAUGUACUUUGGUGGAAGGCUACAUUUGCUUUAACUUGUUCUGGAAUCGGGCAUAAGUAAACGCAUAGUAUUUUUAAGACAUGUUUUAAACAGGUAGUUUUUUGUGAGCAUUUCAUCCCUCUACAGGAGUUGGUAGUAAGCAUUUGUGUAUUAAUUUUUGCCCAUCUUAAGAACCACGUCAUGUUUUACCAUGAGUUUGCUUUGUAAAACGCACCUCUGAUUUCGGUAAGCGUUUCUCCCUCGUAUUGAAUCGCGUACUUUGGGCACGUCCUUCCUGGGGGUACAGCUAUGUACAGUAUUUGUAGGACCCUCGUGUUCUAGUCCCCUUAACUCCAGGAUAUCUUCACGUGGGCCGCGUGAACAGAUACUAACACUUGAGUUGUCUUCUGUAUUUAAUCCAAUGAGCUAUGGUAUGCGUAAAUGAAUUUAGCUGCUGUAUAUCCAGAAACGCAGUCUGACUUUGACUUCUGCUUGGACACAAUAAAAGCAUUUUGUGCAUCUGA